GCCCACCAGCGAAGAAGAACAUUCUUUCGUCAACCGUCAAGAUGGCUGCUGCGUACAUGUCAGCGAACCGGUCCGAAAAUGCUUUUAGUACAGCUGAUUUGGUACCAGAGUGGGCACAAGAAGAAGUUAGCACUGGGGUGAGGAAAUGUAAUAUAGCACUGUUCACUUUACAUAGGUUUGAAUGCGUUGCCCAAGCUGAACACAGAGACAUUUACAUGCCGCUUCAGCUAGCUAGAUAGCUAACAAUGAGACUGCAGAACUAAGCGCUCGCCAUGUUACAUGUAUCUAUCUAGCUAGUUAGCUAGCUAGAGCAUCUUACUGCUGAUGAUGUUGCUGCUAGCCAGCUAGCCAUUACUGUUUCUUCUUCAUAAUGUCCUUGGGAUUCUUUUCACCAAAAUAAAGCGAAAAUGUUGUGCUGAUUCUUCAUGUCUAAUCGCAGACAACCAUUAUGGCAGUGGAGUUUGAUGGAGGGGUUGUGAUUGGCGCUGACUCCAGAACAACAACAGGGUAAGUUACUUUGGAUCAAGCAGCUGUCUCUUACCGGUUUCCUGACCUAAUAGAAAUAGCUUGCUGAUUAAGUCGGCCUCUAUUCCAUUUUCGUACUAAAAAAGUAUAGCCAGAGCUGCCUAAUACUCCCAAUCGUUAUUUCUUUCCCCAUCUGGUUGUAGUGCUUACAUUGCCAAUCGAGUUACUGACAAGUUGACUCCCAUUCACGACCGCAUCUUCUGCUGCCGCUCUGGGUCUGCAGCUGACACACAGGCCGUUGCUGAUAUAGUCACCUAUCAGCUGGGCUUUCACAGGUAACACACCCUAGGGGGCUAUGGGGGAGGGGGACAAUGAUCAUUCAACAUUGACAUACCUCUACACAAAGAUCAAAAACUCCUCAGCACAGCUCUCUUGAUACCACUCCCAGGAUAAAAUAAGUGCUUUUAGGACUUUCAAAAUAUGGUCUUGAGUGUCUGAUUCAAGUUUUAAUGUCACAUGCACAAGUACAGUGAAAUGCCUUUCUUGAGUGUCUGAUUCUAUAUUUAUUCACCAUGAAAUAUCUCUCCCUCUGGGCCUGCUGCAGUAUUGAGCUGGAUGAGCCUCCACUUGUGCAAACAGCAGCCAACCUCUUCAAGCAGACAUGCUACAGAUACAGAGAGGAGCUGAUGGCUGGCAUCAUUGUGGCUGGCUGGGACAAAAGAAGGGGUGGACAGGUGAGUUCCCAGCAUCUGUAUUUAGAUCAUACACUCAAACCACUUUUCCCCCACUGUCUCUGAGAAAUGUGUAGGGUCAUUCCACCUCAAAAAGCAAAGAAAGGGUUUCAGAACAAUCUGAGAUGGUGGCGGGCAGGGCAUAAAAUUAACACCUGCCAAAUGCCGGUAGAUUUGGGUAUUGGCGGGUAAGAAUGUGUGUUUCACCAGCCACGUUGGCGGGUGGUCAAUUUGCAGGGCUCUACAGUAAGAGCAUUACAUUUGUGAAAAAAAUAGUCAAGUAUGAGCACGUGCGAGUUAUGGUUAGAAAAAUUCUGCAGUAGCUGUUUUCAAAGUGUUUCUGCUGUUUUGUUUCAUAGCUGUUAAUUGCACAAAGAAAUAGGAAUCCUAUAUCCCACCUCGCACAAAAACAUUGCCUGACAGGGGAGCUGUGUGCAAUGAGUGAAGUGCUGAUAGAUUCCUUUUAGAAAUCGCUGUGCACAGGCAUAAGUUGGUCUAAUUUACUCAAAAGUCUACAAAGUAAGACUUUGUCUUCGUGUCUCUUGGCAGUUUAAAUUUAGUUCACAAGCUCAGUUGUUUUUCAAUGUUAGUCAGAUCGCAAAUCUCUCACACAAAGACACACUUGACAGGACUCAAGUGGCCUUGUUUCCUUAAAGGGGCAGCUAAACAUUUUGUCGCUGAUAUUUUGAUUAAAAGACUCAGGUCACAAAAAAUGAAAUGAAAUUGAGCAAUAUACCACAUGACUUCUUACUAAUACAUUUUUUGUUUUAGAAACAUUACAAAGCAUGGUCAUCUGUUUGUGUUUUGUUAUGUAAUUAUGGCAAAAAAAUAUUUUGGCUGGUAAAAAAUCUGAGUGGCUGGUAGAUUUUUUUAAUCCACCUGCCACAGUGGCUGGUGGACCAAAAGGUACAUUUUAGGCCCUGGUGGCGGGUGUCAUUGGCUUGCUGAAAUGACAUGGAACGACUCUACAGUGACCCUUCCCUCCUCUUCCCCAGGUGUACACAGUCCCAAUGGGAGGUAUGAUAGUGAGGCAGCCAGUGUCAGUAGGUGGUUCUGGCAGCUCCUACAUCUAUGGCUUCAUGGAUUCUAACUACAAGCCUGGGAUGACCAAGGAAGAGUGUCUUCACUUCUGUACCCAGGGUGAGUAGGGCCAGAGGUUGACAGUCUAGCACAGUGGUGGGUAAUUCCAAUCCUGGAGAGCCGCAGUGUGUGCAGGCAAUUGUUCGAGCCCUGAACUAAUAAAGCUGAUUGAAAUAUACCUAAUAGCGUUGUUUGAAAUGUAAGACCUUGAUAAGUUGAUUAUUUGAAUCUGUUGGGAAAGAACAUAUGCCUGCACAAGCACAACAGAUCCUGUAGCCCACCUCUGAUCAUGACACUGUCAUUAGGCUGUUUCAAAUCUCUUCAACUGCUGCUUUUCUAAUCUCUCUUCCCACAUUGGUCAUGACUACUGAACUGAAAAGACUUGAUAGUUGGAUAUGUAAUAUGUUGGUUGUUGGGUCACAUCUAGGUGUUGUUAAUGUCCCUCUCUCAAUACAGCCCUGGCGCUGGCCAUGGAGCGGGACGGUUCUAGUGGAGGAGUGGCCCGUCUGGCAGCCAUCACAGAGGAGGGCCUGGAGAGACGGGUUGUUCUGGGAAACCAGCUGCCCAAAUUCUCCAAUGCCUAGACAAGGAGCAGAGGGAAGUUCCUUUGCUGUGCAGACAACACACCCCCUUUCAAGUCCAUCCACAUAAGCGCUAUACCUAGUCCUGUGCAGUCAUAGGACUUUGGAAAGCCAUGUGUUUGUGUCUCACAUUUAUUUUUGUUUUGCAAAUUAAAGAUUUGUCAUGCAAUAAAAAAUACUGAACCUUAGAUACA